GAACGGGGCGUGGCGUUCAGGGUCGCAAUCGAAGCUCGGAGCUCAUUUCACUCGAGGGCUUAUCAAGGCGGUGGGAGUCCACGGAGGCGGAGAAGCGAAUCCGCGGAGGAAGUUGCGAAUACUUUUCAAGGCGAAGGAGUAAGCCGCCGGUGAGCCCAGCCGAGUGGAAAUGCGGCGGCGGACAUUGAAGCCACUUUGAGGCCGAGAAGAGGCGAAGACAAACAUGCUGAGCCAGCCGCUGCUAGCCUCCUUGCUAGCGCUCCUCCUCGUCAUUCUGAGCCGAUGCCGGACUUCUCUCUGCCAGUAUUCGAGCGACCAGUGCAGCUGGAAGGGCAGCGGGCUGACUCACGAGGGCCACACGCGCGACGUGGAGCAGGUGUACCUGCGCUGCUCCCAAGGCUCGCUGGAGUGGCUGUACCCCACCGGCGCCAUCAUCGUCAACCUGCGCCCCAACACCGUCUCGCCCGCCGCCGCCCGCCUCUCCGUCUGCGUCAAGCCGGCCGCCGAGUCCAGCGGAACCAACGUCUACCUGGACCUGAACGGCCGGCUGCGCUUGCUGCUGCGCGAGCGCGACCAGGCGCUGGGCAAGGCGCGCUGCUUCGGCAUCCUGGAGGGGGCGCUCUUUAUCGAGGCCGUCCCGCGCACCGACAUCAGCCGGCGCGUCGCCGCCUUCCGGUACGAGCUGGUGAGCGACGCGCCGGGAGCGGACGACGCCUCGGUCGGCGCACCCUGUCAGCCGUGCAGUGACGACGAGGUUCUUCUCGCAGUCUGCACCAAAGACUUUGUGGCACGUGGCGUCAUCGGGACAGUUCAGGAGGAGGCGGAGGAGGAUCGCUCGUCCGUCAGCGUUGACAUCAGCCGCCUGUACAGGCAGAAGACGGAGGUGUUCGUCCCCGUGGGUCCGAGGGGGCGGCGCUGGUCGGGACGCAUCAUGAUGCCGCUGCGCUGCGGCAUCAAAGCCGGCGACGGCGACUUCCUCUUCACUGGGACGCUGCGCUUCGGCGAGGCCUGGAUGGGCUGCGCGCCGCGCUACAAGGACUUCCUGCGCUUGUACAAAGAGGCGGAGAGACUCGGGACCAACCCCUGUCACGUGGACGCCGAGUGAGUGGGGCGGAACGAUGCCCGCGCCCGUUUGGGAAUAUAUUGGAGACUGACAGGUGGUCGCUGGACCACCUUUAGAUGAAAUGUAGCAGAGAGGUCGGUGUGCAAAAUGUGAAUGAACGAACUACAAGUGUACAGUCUAUUUGGAAGCCGCGGCGCAUGCUUUGUGAAAAGCGUGAUGUACAGAAGUUAUUUCUUAUCACAGAAAUAUAAUAAGUCAAAAGGCUUAUUUUUGUUUGUUUUUUUGUUGUUAUAUUUUGUUUACAAAAAGACUAAAUGUGAAAAAAAAAAAGAAAAAGCUACCGUAUUUCCCGCACUAUAAAGCGCACUUAAAAGCCUUUCAUUUUCUCAAAAAUCAACGGUGCGCCUUUUAACCCGGUGCGCCUCAUGUGUGCACUGAGUUCCAAAAUCUGUGAAAAUGUUGUUGUGCGAUUUUGGUAAGCGCUCCGCUUCAUUGACUGACGGACCAUUUCCCGCCGACAUAGGGACGUAAUACGCACACUACGUACGCUGGCAGCGGUAAACCAAUUAGAGAACAUUACGUAAAGCUACGUACAGUACGUAGCUUACCUCCGCCUCGCCUCCGAUAGGUAUACUCUACUGUAUGCUGCGAAACAACAUUUGCUUGGCUAAGGACCCCCGAAAAUGGCAUCAGCGAAGAGACAUGCUUACCAGGCACAAUUCAAACUACAGGCUAUCAGUUACGCGGUUGUAAAUGGGAAUAGAGCGGCCGCGAGAGAAUUCAAAAUCAAGCGCAAGAACAGCCGGGAGAAGCGUCUCUCCAGUCACCAUUCGGCUGAAGGCAAUAACGAUAGCACAAGACGUGAAGAUCGAACACUUUCGGGGAGGUCCGUCUUGCUGCGGAAAAGGCGCCGUCUCGCCAUCCGCGCGAGGAGUACCUUGGCGCAGCACCUGCCAGCGAACUCCAACCGCUGGACAUUGGUGUAAACAGGGCGUUCAAAGUGACGUUGCGAUGGACGAGAGACGGCGAACACGCCUUUACCAAGACUGGGAGGCGAGUUACGCCGUCAUACGCGAAUGGAUUGCGGAGGUUCGGGCUAACGUAUCUGCUUUGACUGUUGUCCGAGCUUUCGCGAAAGCCGGCAUCGUUGCCGAACAGCCGGCCGGCAACGAGACUGGCCAGAGGGAACCCGGCGUGUUUGAUGGCGAAGUUGCCCAGCUGUUCAAUUCAGAUGCAGAAGAUGAGGACUUUGACGCAUUUGUGAUAAAAAAAAAAUAAUGUGAGUGUGUUUUUAAAUACGUGGUAGAAUAAAGUUCAACCAAACUCACAGUUUUGCUUACCUUGUUUUAGCAUGCGCCUUACAAUCCGGUGCUGAAAAUACAGUCAAUGUUUCUGCCCUUGUGAAUAAAAAAAUGUGCUUCAACGACA